AUGAGGAAAAUAUUGGAAAUGUUGUCAGUUUUCAUUGUAAUUGUUUGCGCAGCGAAUUUGCAGUUUUGCAUUGCUUCCAUUGGAAACUCGUCUAUCAACCAAAACUACACAACCAGAACAGUGCCACCGACGAACCACCGACGAAUUAUAGUGGUGGGAUGGAUUCAUAAGCCACCAUAUCUGUAUGCAGUUCCCAAUACUACACAACCCUCUGGGAUGGGGGAAGAAAUGGUACUGAGAUUUUUACAUAGCUGUGGUGCAACAUUCGUAGAUAGUCAUCAAGCUAGCAGCGAGUUUGAAAUGAUAAACCUUCUGCGGAAAAAAAAGAUCGACGUUGCUGCUCCAAUAUUCGAACCCACGAGCGAUAGACACUAUAGCGAGUUUCAUUUUAUCAAAACAAGUGAUUAUCCGGGCACAGUAUAUAUUUCAAUCGAAAACGGAGAUGUUGUGCUUAAUGCUGUUUUGGACGCCUGGCCUCUGGUUGCCUUCAAUCUUGUUCUCGCAGCAAUUGCUGGCAUUUUUAUUUGGGCAUUGGACACAUACUGGAACCCUGAAGAAUUUAAUCGUCCAUUUCUCAAAGGCUCCUGGGACGGAUUCUGGUGGUCUUUUAUUUCCAUGACAACUGUUGGGUAUGGCGACAAAGUUCCAAAGUCAGUUGUGGCACGUAUAUUUUCCGUAAUAUGGAUUAUAUUAGGUCUCAUUAGUAUGUCAAUGAUUAUGGCUCAUAUAACCUCUACAUUGACGGCCCUCUCCUUGGAACAAGAACUAAGCUUGAAGGAUCUUAAGAUUGCAGUGUUAGACAACGGUACAGAAUAUCAGCAUGCACUUGAAGAAGAUGCAAUUCCCAAAGUGUUCGGAGAUAUUGAUGGUGCCAUCCAAGCUUUAAAAGCCCACGAGGUAGAUGGAAUAAUGUUGGACCGCUUCACUGCCUCUUUUUAUCAAAAGCAAGACAAGCUCAAAGCACUGAUCACCGUCAAGACGAUGCAAUUUCAACGAGAUAGUGGCUUCCUUGUCUCAAAAAGUAGAGCUAGCUUCGCAAAUUGUUUGGAUUACGUUCGCCCAAAUAUUUACCAGUUUGGUCUGUCACUUGCAAAUUCUUUUAAGUUGAUACCUCAAAAGCCUGAGAAAACAGCGAGUGUUUUCGAUGACCGAUUUACCAAGUUAAAACACGUGUUCCACAUAUCAUUAGGAGUUUUAUCAGCCUUACUCCUGAUUGGCAUUCUAUGGGAGUCUGUGUGUUACAAAAAAAGACAGAAGAAAUCGAAGGCAAAACAGGAUUUCGAUAACCUCGGGUUUAAAGAGAAGAAAGAGAUUUUUGAAGAGCUGGAGGAAGGAAGGAGAGCCUUGCAAAGAGCUCAAGAACAGCUUGAAAAAUUACAUGCUAAAUUUCAGCGAUGA